UUCAACGGCCUCUGCUCGCAUCCUGUUCGAUGAAGAUAGCGGGCGGCUAUAGAACCUAACCUAUAUUUCGCUAUAUUUCGUAAAAAAAUCAAUUAAACAUUGAUUGAAAUAACUGAGACCAACGUAAACGAUUAAUACCGAGCACAAUGAUCCGCUUUAUCCUCAUUCAGAAUCGGGCUGGGAAGACCAGGCUGGCCAAGUGGUACAUGCAGUUUGAUGAUGAUGAGAAGCAGAAACUGAUUGAAGAGGUUCAUGCCGUAGUGACAGUCCGUGAUGCCAAACACACCAACUUUGUAGAGUUCAGAAACUUCAAGAUCAUUUACAGGCGAUACGCUGGCCUGUACUUCUGCAUCUGUGUGGAUGUGACAGACAAUAACCUGGCUUACCUGGAAGCUAUACAUAAUUUUGUUGAGGUUUUGAAUGAGUAUUUCCACAAUGUGUGUGAAUUAGAUCUGGUCUUCAAUUUCUACAAGGUGUAUACAGUGGUGGACGAGAUGUUUCUGGCAGGAGAGAUCAGAGAGACCAGCCAGACAAAGGUGCUCAAGCAGCUUCUCAUGUUGCAGUCUUUGGAGUAAAGAGCCUGUCAAUCAAUCAGUCAACCACCAUUCCUGCAGGCUCCACCCACCUCCACAGGCUCCGCCCACACGCUCUGCAGCCAAGCCAUAUUAUUUGUGCGUAUGGAUGUCGUCUUGCUGAAAUGCAUCCACAAACAUUUCACCUUUUCUUUAAAUUUCACGUCCACGAUGAAGGAUGUUGCCAUUCUGUUUGAAUUUGUAAGUUUACAAAACCUCCCUGGUGAUUGACCUAAUUAUUCUUUGGCAAAGACAGAAUUGAAUACUUCAGCAAUUUUAUAGCACAGUAGACUUCAAUGUCUCCGACUGGUAACCUCUCCAAGUCCGUUCAUUAACACUAACAGAUAAUAGCAUCAUGUUGGCCAAAUUCUGCCGUGGCACGGAAACGUCGUUCCUGUAACUGCAAAAUCCAUGGGCUGCACUACUAUAUAUAGCAUUGACAAACUUGAUUUUAUCAUUUAAAUCCUCCCCAAACUUGUCGAGCUCAUUUAAUGAAAUGAAAUAUUCAAAUCAGAUUAUAUCAAGUCAAAAUCUGUGAAAGUUGUUUUGUAUUGUGUACAUAUACCUACAUUAUAUAUGCAUCUAUUUUAAGCGUAACUAUAUGAACUAACCAGUCAUUCCAAGCGUCUAAACACUCUCAGUUUCACCUCGUUGUAAUUGCAUUGAAGUCUGUUGGUUUUAUGAAGAACUCGAGCCAACGAUUAGCGAGCGCUUUAGAGAACAAGGCUGAGUGGAAGAAUGGAACUCGGGGAAAAUGACAAAAGAUGGUCUACUUUUAAUUUCCCCUUUUGUGGCGGCAGUUCCCUCGCGCCAAGAGCUCUAUGGCAACUGCUCAGCCUCGGAACGUUCCAUUACAGUUCGAUUCAUGAGUUACUCUGAGGAUCUGUCUUUAUUUUGUAUGUGAAUGUUUUAUAUUGUAUUUCUUUUUGUCUCUUCUGCCCUAGAGUAUUCUAGAUCUGCCUAUUUGUCCCUGUGAGAUUGCAGAGUAAAAGUUGAUGUAUUCUCACGUGUGUGUUGCUGUCAGUGUAUAUAUCCAUGAAGGUGAAAUAAAGAGAAUUAAAACUA